UGAGAUUACGUGUCCAAAAACAAUCUGUCGAUCAAGCGCAAGCUUGGAAUGAACCGUCUCUUGGCCCAGCUAUCCCAACUCCGAGCUGCCGAUCUCCGCUUCCGUGACCUCCUAAAGCUCUGUGUCGCCCGCCGCGACCUCGUCGCCGGCCGUGCUCUCCACGCCCUCUUCCUCAAGUCCCAUGUGCCUCCAUCCAACUACCUUGCCAACCAUUUCAUCCUCCUCUAUUCGCACUGCGGCCACCUCCCUCUCGCCCAGCAGUCGUUCGACGAAAUACCCCAACCGAACGUUUUCUCCCACAACGCCCUGCUCGCGGCCUACGCCCGCCUCUGCCACCCUGACGCUGUCCGCCGCCUCUUCCUCCGCAUCCCCUCCCCCGACCUCGUCUCCUACAAUACUCUCCUCUCCGCCUACGCCGCCGCCAACGGUGGCGCCUACGCCGGCGAUGCCAUCCGCCUCUUUUCUCGCAUGCGCUACCUUGGCUCCGACGCCGACGGCUUCACCCUCUCCUCUGUCAUCUCCUCUGUCGUCGGUGCAGUCGAGCAGUUCCACUCCUUCGCCAUUGCCUCAGGUCUAGGCUCCUAUAUCUCCGUGAACAACGCCCUCAUCAGCAGCUACAGCAAAGGCGGCUUUUUGUUCGAAGCCGAGCGGGUUUUCAAUGAGAUUUUCUGCGAAAGGGAUGCGGUUUCUUGGAAUUGCAUGAUCGUUGCGUUCGGGCAGCACCGUCAGGGACUAAAAGCCCUCAACUUGUUUCAGGCAAUGGUGAGGAAAGGCUUCGAGGUUGACAUGUUCACGCUCGCCAGCGUGCUCACAGCAUUCACUGCCGUGAAGGAUUCAGCUGGCGGUGCACAGUUCCAUGCGCAGAUGAUCAAGUCCGGUUUUGCAAUAAACUCUCAUGUGGGCAGUGGCUUGAUUGACCUGUACUCGAAGGUUGGCUGGAUAGUCGAUGCGAGGAAGGUCUUCGAGGAGGUUCAUAAUCCUGAUUUGGUCGUAUGGAACACAAUGAUCUCAGGGUACUCGCUCAAUGAUGAGUUCUCAGAGGAAGGCCUUGAAUGCUUCCGCUGUAUGCAGCGGGCUGGUUUUAAGCCGGAUGAUUGCAGCUUUGUGUGUGCGAUCAGUGCGUGCUCAAAUUUGUCAUCCCCAUCGCAGGGGAAGCAAAUGCAUGGACUAACCAUUAAGACUGAAUUGCCAUGCAACCAAAUCUCUGUUAACAAUGCACUAGUUUCCAUGUAUGCGAAGUGUGGAAAUCUCAAGGAUGCGAGUAUGCUUUUUGAGAGGAUGCACCAACGCAACACGGUCUCAUUCAAUACUAUGAUAGCGGCUUAUGCUCAGCAUGGACUUGGUUUGGAAGCAUUGGAGCUGUUCAAAGUGAUGCUUGAUUCAGAUAAUGAGCCCACAAGCAUCACAUUCAUCUCGGUGUUGUCUGCGUGUGCUCACACUAGGAGGGUCGAUGAAGGAUGGGAGUAUUUUGAUUCUAUGAGGCAAAAGUAUAAUAUUGAACCCGGAGAAGAACAUUAUUCAUGCAUGAUUGAUCUCCUGGCUCGCACCGGGAAGUUUGAGGAUGCCAAGAAGCUAAUUGAAUCGAUGCCCUUUGAUCCAGGCUUGAUAGGAUGGGCUACUUUGCUCAGUGCUUGCAGGACCCACGGAAACUUGGAGGUUGGAGCAAUGGCAGCACAGAAGCUUCUCCAGCUGGAUUCUUCUAAUGCAGCUGCUUAUGUGAUGCUCUCAAAUAUUUAUGCCAGCACGGGUAGAUGGGAUGAGUUUGCGAAAGUACGAAAGCUGAUGAGAGGCAGGGGAGUGAGGAAGAAACCUGGAUGCAGUUGGAUCGAACUGGGGAAGCAAAUCCAUGUAUUUGUUGCUGAUGAUGUAUCACAUCCAAGGAUUAAGGAAAUUUACUUGUUCUUGGAGGAGAUUUCGAAAAAAAUGGAACAGGCUGGGUAUGUCCCAGAUAUGUCAUUGGUGCCUAGGAGGGACAACAUUGCUGAACGUGACACGAGGCUCGGAUAUCACAGUGAGAAACUCGCUGUUGCCUUUGGGUUGAUCAGUACUGGAGAGGGUGUGCCUCUACUGGUGGUGAAGAAUCUUAGGAUAUGUGGAGAUUGCCAUAACACAAUCAAAGUUGUUUCUGCAAUGACUGGAAGGGAGAUCACUGUGAGGGAUGCACACAGGUUUCAUUGUUUCAGCGCUGGAAGUUGCUCCUGUGGAGAUUUCUGGUGAUAUAACCUUCAAGCUGACUAGUGUACUUUUCGCUUGGAACUCAGUUAUCGCAACACUGAUCCAAUCAUCUAAAGAAAUUGCCGUCAGCAGGUUCGGAACUUGUUUUUCUGGAGAAUGCAUGGCAUUUGCACUUAGCAGGGAAAUUGAAAUCCUUGAUCUUCUAAAUUUUGCAACUAAGGGUCAUCAGGUGUUAAAUGGUCAGCAGUUAACGUGCUUAUCACAUAUGUAUACCAGCCAAGAGAAGAGGAUUCAUUUUCCAUGAGCAAAUCCUCCUCAUUGAGACCUGCUAUUGGGUGCAAGCAAAGGUAAGCAUUACAAUUUCUACUGGUUUGAGCAUAUAUAUGUUGAUUUGCAAUUCACAUGUUUCUUUUACCUCGAAUUAUGUGGUUUGCCAUAUAUAAAUUAACUUUCUGCAAUUGCAAAUGGAAAUUGUUGUAUCAGAUACCCUUUACAGGCUGAACAAAUAGUCAUGUCAACAUGUAAAUACCAACUGAUUGCAGGCUAACUGAAAUUACAUGCAUGGUAUAUUUUUGGAGUUUUAGUCAUGCACUGUUUUUCUUCUAUACUUGUUCUUAGAACUUGAUUAGUCAAACAAUGGUUUAUGAGAUUAUAUAGUGUUGGAAGGUCCAACAUAGGAUUCUCUUGCAAUUCACUUUUCUAAAUUUUUUGUGUUCAAAUCUAUCUACAGUUUGAAAUAGCCUUUACUUGUGGGCUUUUAGGUGUUUAAUUUUCCAAAACGCAAAAUCUAUUGUGGUUUUAGAUGAUUAACUAUCAAAGAAACAUUAGGCACAGUUGCAGUGAUGUGCUAUUCACAAGUAUCAACACAACUAAGUGCACGUAACAAGGCUAGGAAAAAAAGCUAGGCGAGUAAGGAGUUGACUACCAUAACACAACCAAGCUGAGCUCUUCCACUGUGUUCUGAGGACUGCUUGUAGCUUUGUCUUCCCUUGCUUUUUUAAGGUUCUCAAAACCUUCAUUGAGGGCAACCAGUUAUACCAACAUGUGAAUGUUAGCUUGACUCGGCAACAUCCAUGAAGUAGGAUAUUGAGAAAGUCCUGCCUUUCGCCAUGGCUUAAUCUGUGCUAACUACCAAGAGGACUGAGGAGGUAGCUCUUUGCACAGUACGAGCCUCUACCUUAGAUAUAGUGAGGACAACCAAUGAAUGUGCUUGAUAUACAUAUAAUAUAGUAUCGUAAGAAAAUGUGUUGGAUAGUGAUGUUAUCGUGCAGACUAAGGAGACGCUGUUACCUGCACCUGCACCUGUGUGAUAAACAUUCAUCACACGUGAUAGCGAGCACAAAGCAAUGCUACAAUGGCAUGCAUUAUUCUGAAGAUUUCAGUAGUUAAACAACAAGAGCAGAAGGAAUUCAGGCAUUUUUUUAAUAUCAAUGCUAACAUUGCCUAAUUUCAUACUUAUUUAAGUCCUUGAGACACUGGUUUCAGAGAAAGAGAACAGCAGUAAGCAAUUCCAGUUACAGCUUACAAGAGACAAAUUGUAAAGAGCAAGAAAGUCUUUUAAUUUUGGGCAGCAAUUGAAUGAAAGCAGCAGCAACAGCCUUGUGAGGGAGGGAACGUUACUGAAACCAAUCCUAGAGCUCUGCCUUUGGCUUCUCAUUCAAAGUUGCAUUGCAAUGGCUGCCAAAGAACUAAUAAUUUAUGGUCAGAUUCCUUGAGCAUCACAAAGCUGCAUGGAGAUCUGUGUUCACUUGUUGUGCAGGCAAAAAGGCAAAUUGCUGCGCCGUUUUAAUGUCAACUGUUUGGUGGCAAUCUCACUGAGCGAGAGGAACACUUUUCUUGGCCACUUCCAUCAAUGGAGGUCAUUACUCACACAGAUCAUCAGCUUCUAAACCAGGUUGAUGGUUGAGGAAGAUGUGCAUGCAUCCAAAAUAUUGUUAUCAGACCACCAAAUCUUUUGUCUGCAUGUCCAAAUCCAAUAACUUACUGUAGCCACCAACGCCCCUCCUUGAAAAGAAAACCACCCUGGUUUUCUGAGCUCUAUGCUUUUCCUUUCUUGCUCCAUAAGAAUGAAUGCUCCCCUUGCUGCUUUUCUUCCCUCCCUCUCCCUUGCAUCACAUGAGCCUUGCAUGGAGCUCGGAGGUGCGGUGAGCAUGGUGGAUGGGCUAGCAGUAGCUAGCGGUACUGGUUCUUCAGAAGGUGGCAGCCUUCUGUCUCGUUCUCUGACCACCUCCAGUGGUACCACUGAGCCCUGCUGCAAGCCAAAGGGGCUCCUUGGUUGUGCCUUUCAGAGGGCUUCUGAGGCAAUGGUACCUCCCUUUGACUCUCUCUUCUCUGAUGGGGAGCAAAUGCUGAGCUUCUCUGCAACUUCCAAUCAAGAUAGCUUUGCGCUCAACUGUGAUGGGGCACUGCCUUCUUACUACUGUUCCCCUCCUUCCCCAAAACCCUAUAUUUGGAAUCCGGGGUUGUAUUCUGGGUGUCAUGAUGUGAGUAGCAAUGGUGUUUUGGCAGAGGUGAAGGGACCAUUUACUCCAUCCCAGUGGCUGGAACUAGAGCAACAGGCCUUGGUUUACAGAUACAUUGCUGCAAAGGUACCAAUACCACACAAUCUUCUCAACCCUAUCAAGAGAAGCCUUGGCAUUUCAGGGCUCCCUCACUUCUCAGUUGGAUCCUCUGGCUCAAAUGCAUUUGGUUGGGGAUCAUUCUAUCUGGGGUAUUCUGGAAAUAGUGAUCCGGAGCCUGGUAGAUGCCGUCGAACUGAUGGGAAGAAAUGGCGGUGCUCGAGGGAUGCAGUCGCCGAUCAAAAGUACUGUGAGCGUCAUAUAAAUCGGGGCCGCCAUCGUUCAAGAAAGCAUGUGGAAGGC